GGUCAACUCUGUGAGCAUGCACGAGCUCAGCUCUUUGGCUCUCACCACUAGCCAGUGACCAGAAGCCCCCCAGGUGGACCGCAGCAUGAUCUCCAUCACGGAGUGGCAGAAGAUUGGCGUGGGCAUCACCGGCUUCGGCAUCUUCUUCAUCCUCUUUGGAAUACUCCUGUACUUUGAUUCGGUGCUCCUGGCUUUUGGAAACCUGCUGUUCCUGAGCGGCCUCUCCUUCAUCAUCGGGCUGAGGAGGACGUUUUCCUUCUUCUUCCAGCGGCACAAGCUCAAGGGGACCAGCUUCUUCCUGGGGGGUGUGGUCAUUGUGCUCCUGCGCUGGCCCCUGCUGGGCAUGUUCCUGGAAUCCUAUGGCUUCUUUAGCCUCUUCAAGGGCUUUUUCCCCAUGGCGUUUGGCUUUCUGGGCACCACCUUCGACAUCCCCUUCUUGAGUGCGCUGUUCCGGAGGCUUCAAGGGACCAGCUCAAUGGUCUGAACCACAGAGAUGAGCUCUUUGCAAUUGGAUCGCUCAUUGAGGGGGCUGGAAGGGAGACGGGGGCCGCCUCUCAGGCCCCCACCCAGCACUGACUCACUCCCUGUCAUACGGGGCCUCUUCACAUGCACAAGGAAGGACGGAACUGAGUGACUGACCUCAAUCCCCAAGCAGACUCAAGAGGCUGCCAGACUCUUGGGAGCAGAGAUCUGGGCCCCAUGGAGACUGGACUGGGGCUGGCAUCCCAGCCUCACCCUGUAUUUAAAAGUGAAGAUUAAAUCCUCUGGUUCUGA